AUGAAUAGAACGUUGCCGAGCAAAGAUCCACCAUCUUUAUCUUUAUACUCUCCUUGUAUUCAAACCCUGGAAGAUCAACUCCGUCAGUCGGUAGUAAUCCGCAUCCGAAAUAUACCGCAAUUAGGAUGCGGAUCUCCUGGAGUUGACGCCAAGGUUGCGGUGUUAUUUUCUGGCGGCUUGGAUUGUACGUUGCUCGCCAGGCUUGCGCAUGACGCGCUUCCAAAGGACGAGAGUAUUGACUUGAUCAAUGUCGCUUUUGAGAACCCUCGCGUCGCAGCCGCUCUAAAGGCCAAGCACGAAAAAGAGAAUGGAAAAGAACAAAUGCCAUCGAUUUAUGAGAGCUGCCCAGACCGCAUCACGGGUCGGGCUGCGCAUGCCGAGCUACAAAAAGUUUGUCCAGAUCGCGGGUGGCAAUUUGUUGCUGUCAACAUACCAUUCCGAGAGUUUUCAGCGCAUCGAGAAGAGGUCAUUCAGCUUAUGCGGCCACACAAUACUGAGAUGGAUUUAUCCAUUGCAUGUGCUUUAUACUUUGCUUCUAGAGGGCAAGGCGAAGUGGCCACCAACGAUAGUAGCGACGAAAUUACAACAUACACAACAGUAGCACGAGUGUUGCUGUCUGGCCUAGGUGCAGAUGAGCUCUUUGCUGGCUAUGGACGCCAUGGCAUAGCUUUUGCUCGCAAAGGAUUUCAAGGCCUCAUUGAUGAGAUUGAUCUAGAUGUUGGUCGUCUCGGCAAGCGGAAUCUAGGCCGUGAUGAUCGUGUCAUAUCAAACUGGGGACGUGAAGCUCGUUUCCCAUUCCUUGACGAAGAAUUUGUCUCGUAUGCCACACAGACACCUAUCUGGGAGCGGUGUGGAUUUGGUACAGCGAAAUCAGAAUCCGCAUCGGACGAUGAGCUUGAUCAAAUCUCAGAAAGUCUUGAUUUUGAAAAGAAAGCUCUCCGCUUGCUCGCACUCAAACUGGGCAUGGUCCAGACGGCACAGGAGAAGAAACGUGCUAUUCAAUUUGGCUCUAGAACAGCCAAGAUGGAAAGUGGUAGGAGCAAGGGGACUCAGACAAUCUAG